GUACAAAUUCCUAUCUUCGUACAUACAAGCAUCUACCAUGGAUCGAGCUAAAUCACGUUAAAGAACUCCCAGCAAACAGGUUGGGAGGGUGGAUCAUACUUAAGUUAUUAAGAUGCUGUAGAAGACCGUAUUGCCAUGGCAACCAGCGCGAUGGAAGGGUCGAAGACAGAUCCAAAGCCGCAGAACGAACAAAAUGGCGAAUCACACAAACCACCAACGCCUUUCGAACAGGCUAUUGUUCUCUCAGGACACGGCAAAUUCCACCUGCUGCUAAGUAUCGGCUGUGGAUUCUGUCUCGUUGCUAUGGUGGGGGAGGUGUUUGGCACAGCCUUCCUGAUUCCUGCCGCACAAUGCGAGUUUGAAAUGGACUCGUCGGAGAAGGGGCUUCUGAAUGCCAUCAGUUAUAUAGGGAUGAUAUGCAGUUCUCACCUGUGGGGUUACCUCGCUGACACCCGAGGACGCAGGAAGACGCUGAUCGUGGCGCUGGUGCUCGAUGCUGUCUGCGGCCUGGCGUCGAGUCUCGCUGACACCUACUGGCUGUUCUGUCUCCUUAGAUUUUUCAACGGCUUCUUCGUCUGCGCCCCGUCGGCCGUCGUCUUCGCCUACCUGGGCGAGUUCCACUCUGCGCCCACUCGUUCCAGAGCCGUCAUGUUGGUGAGCGUGUUCCUCUCCGUCGGCGGAAUAUUUCAGCAAGGUUUGGCGUGGCUGAUCAUCCCCCAGGACUGGGCCGUGCAGCUGCCGUGGCCAGACCUAAUAUUCAGGUCCUGGCGCGUGUUUGUCGUGAUCAAUGCCCUCCCGAGCGUCGCCACCGCCGUGAUCCUUUUCUUCCUGCCAGAGUCACCGAAGUUCCUCUUCUCCAAAGGAAAGGAGGGGCAGGCUCUGGAUGUGCUUAGGCGCGUGUUUGCCGUCAACACCGGGCGACCGGCUGAGGAAUAUCCGGUGGCACGCGUAGUAAUGGACGCGCGUGAAAUUGCACCAACUGCUGUUGUCCAGCCGACGUCAGCGAUCGAAAUAUUCAAGAGCAUGUGGUUGCAGACAAAACCGCUGUUCCAGCGACCCAACCUGACCCUCACCACUUUGGCCUGCAUCAUCCAGUUUUCACUGUACGCCAGUUACAACGGAUUCGCCGUUUGGCUGCCUGACCUCUACAACCGACUUUCAAUUUACACCGAGCGCAAUCCCAACCACUCUCUGACGAUCUGCGAGGUGGUCACUGCUUUGGCGAACAGCACAGCAGUCGCUGGCGACUUCGUGCGUUCGACACAAAUCGACAACCUAACAGAAUUAAUUAUGGUGAACAGUACUGAGGGUCACGUCGCAAACGAGACAUGGGGUCUUAAUAACAUGUCGCCUUGCACCUCGACCGUCGAUCCAACGGUGUUUCGGAACAGUCUUGCUGUAGGGUUAGUGUGCAUCACCGUCUACACCUGCGCUGGUUUUCUGGUCAAAUUCAUCCAGAAGAAGCUUCUUAUGGUGGUCUGCUUGGUGGCAUCCAGCGUAUGCAUUGCGACAAUCAACGUCGCUAACACCGAGCUGUUACUGGUGGUGCUGUCGUCCAUCUUCAUAGCAAUGGCUGGAGUCAGUGUUAAUAUGCUGAGUAGCAUUGUCAUUGACAACAUCCCGACGCAGCUCAGGGCAAUGGCCAUUUGCCUGUCGCUGAUGUCUGGGCGACUUGGAGUGACGGUGUGUAGCCUUGUGCUGGGCAUUCUGUUGGACUCCGCAUGCAACGCAUCUCUAUUCUCACUCAGUGGGAUUGUUCUGGUAUGUUGCAUCCUGACAUAUAUGCUGCCUGGACCUCCCAAGGACACAUGCUAAACUUACCACAGGAUCUGUUCUGCCAGCUGUACUUUAUCCUCAGUGUAUGCUAUUUUAUAACAAUAAAAACAUUGCAUUUUUUGUAAUGCAAUUUUUCAUGAGAGGUGAAAAGAGGAGGUCACUUGAUGUAAAAGAGAUUAAUUAAAUCCAGGAAGAGCUCUGUGAUUUAUUGAAGACUACGGCUGACAGUUACAAAUGCGACAUACGGAUAGUCAUCUGUCCACUAAAAGGAAACCGCAGGAUGCAAAUAAUUCAAUUGACACUUCACUUUUCAUGACAGUACUUCUGUGACUAGUUGAAAGUAUUCGUCGCUUCAUUACAAGUUUUUAUAAAAGGCGUACAGAAAGAAGAAAGGAAACAACAUCAGAGCUAUGAAGUAAUUAAAAACAUUAACUUAUUGUUUGCCAUCCAUUUGAUGUAAUUGAGAACACAAUUAACAACUAUGUAUUUUAAAUGUAGAAAUAUUAGAAAAUAUUGUCUGACCCAAAUUAGGCACACAGAACUGAGAUUUACAGUUCUUAUAGCAGUGAAUAUAUUAAGUGUGGUCUUGUGGGCUAUGAAAGUGGUUACCAUAUUUUGAAGGAACCUCUCAACUCCAUCUGUGGAGUAGAAAUGUAUACAAGACUGUACACCAUCAUAACACAGGAGGCCACAUUUAAUAUUGACAUAAACACAUUCCUGAUUUGGGUAGAUUCAAUUAUUUACAAGCAAUUAAUGACA